AUGUUCUCCAAGUCCCUUCUCCUCUGGCCAGCGGUCGCGCUGGCCUCAGUUACUAUUGAAGAUCCCUCAGACGUGAUUGAUCCAAAGUGGUGGGCCGCGGACAAUGCCAUUAUUCCGGACUACAACAUUCCCUUCGUCGAGGUGCAGCCUUCGAAUAGUGGGUUUUCAUUCGGAGAAAAUGUGGAUAACAUGCAGGCCAAUGCCUCGACCGCGGUCUUCGAUCACAUCAAUGUCACUGUUCACAAUGGAGCUGCUGGAGUCUACGCCUACGGCACUGAUACCGUGGUCAACGUCACCAACUCUUGGCUAUACUCCUCCGGACCUGUGAGUCAUGGCCUCUAUGCUUCUGGAAAUGGGACCAUUUACGGCAGCAACCUUGAGGUUUACUCCGGUGGCUAUCGCUCCUCCAGCUUCUCCGGCGAUUCCCCAGCCGGCUACGUCUAUGUGAAGGAUAGUGUGGCUCAUUCCUCUGGCAUUGGUUCUGCCACCUUCUACGCCCUAGGGUCUAUUGAUGCAAGCAAUAUCGUCAGUGUUUCGGAGAAAGGUCCUGUUAUUUUUUUCGGAUGGUGCACAGACUGCCACCCUGGUUGA